AUGAAUGUUCAAAUCAAGCAAGAAACCGAUGGAGAAACGGGCUGGCUCAGUCAAGAUUCAUGUGCAGCAGAUACCCUGAGAGUGGAGGUCAAGCAAGAGAGCAAUGGAGAGGACAUCUGGCUGGAUCAACUUUCAUGUUCAGAAGACACCAUGAAUGUUCAAGUCAAGCAAGAAACCAAUGAUGAAACCGGCUGGCCCAGUCAACAUUCAUGUGCAGCUGACACUCUGAGAGUGGAGGUCAAGCAAGAGAGUGAUGAAGAAGCCAGCUGGUUGAGAGAUGUUGCACAAGCAAAUGAGGGCGAGAAGGAGAUUGUUCUACGGGGUCAAUCUGAGCCAGGUGAUCACACUGAAGCAUCUAUCAGUGGAAAAUGGAUGAAUUUCCAGGAAGCUGAGACACAAAAAGCAAGAGAGAAGCCAUAUAAAUGCUCACAAUGUGGGAAAUGUUUUGUUACUAGUUACAAGCUUUUAACGCAUUUGCAAUCCCAUACAGGAGAGAAGCCAUAUAAAUGCUCAGAUUGUGGGAAAUGUUUUGGUGUCAGUUCCAGCCUUUCAAAACAUCGACGAAACCACACAGGAGAGAAGCCGUAUAAAUGCUCAGAUUGUGGGAAAUGUUUUAGAACCAGUUACAAUCUUUCAGAGCAUAAGCGAUCCCACACAGGAGAGAAGCCAUAUAUAUGCUCAGAUUGUGGGAAACGUUUUAGUAUCAGUUCCAGCCAUUCAAAACAUGUACAAACCCACACAGGAGAGAAGCCAUAUCAGUGCUCAGAUUGUGGGAAAUGUUUUAGUUUCAGUUACAGUCUUUCAAUGCAUAAGCGAUCCCACACAGGAGAGAAGCCGUAUAAAUGCUCAGAUUGUGGGAAAUGUUUUAGUUUCAGUUACAGUCUUUCAAUGCAUAAGCGAUCCCACACAGGGGAGAAGCCUCAUAAAUGUUCAGAUUGUGGGAAAUGUUUCAGCACCAGUUCCGGCCUUUCAAAACAUCAACGAAUCCACACAGGAGAGAAGCCAUAUAAAUGCCAAGAUUGUGGGGAAAGCUUUAGACAGAGUUCGCAUCUUAAGUCUCACCAACGAGUCCACAAAGGACAGAAGCCAUAUAAAUGCUCAGAGUGUGGGAAAAGUUUUAGUACCAAUUCCAGUCUUUCAGUUCAUAGACAAAUCCACACAGGAGAGAAGCCAUACAAAUGUGCAGUGUGUGGGAAAAGUUUUGUUUCCAAUUCCAACCUUUUAAAUCAUAAACGAAUCCACACCGGAGAGAAACCAUAUAAAUGUUCAGUGUGUGGGAAAAGUUUUACCUAUAGCUACUGUCUUUCAAGACAUAAGCGAUCACACACAGGAGAGAAACUGUGUAAAUGUUCAGUGUGUGGGAAAGCUUUUGCUACCCAUUCCCAUCUUUCAGCUCAUAAUAAACAAAACCACGCAGGAGACAAACCGUAUAUGUGCUCAGAGUGCGGGGAAAGUUUUACUUUUAGUUCCUGGCUUUCAAGACACAAACGUUCGCACACAGGAGAGAAACCAUAUAAAUGCUCAGAGUGUGGGAAAAGUUUUAGUACCAAUUCCAAUCUUUCAGUUCAUAAACAAAUCCACACAGGAGAGAAGCCAUACAAAUGUGCAGAGUGUGGGAAAAGUUUUGUUUCCAAUUCCAACCUUUUAAAUCAUAAACGAAUCCACACCGGAGAGAAACCAUAUAAAUGUUCAGUGUGUGGGAAAAGUUUUAUCUAUAGCUACUAUCUUUCAAGACAUAAGCGAUCACACACAGGAGAGAAACUGUAUAAAUGUUCAGUGUGUGGGAAAGCUUUUGCUACCCAUUCCCAUCUUUCAGCUCAUAAUAAACAAAACCACACAGGAGACAAACCGUAUAUGUGCUCAGAGUGCGGGGAAAGUUUUACUUUUAGUUCCUUGCUUUCAAGACACAAACGUUCGCACACAGGAGAGAAACCAUAUAAAUGCUCAGAGUGUGGGAAAAGUUUUAGUACCAAUUCCAAUCUUUCAGUUCAUAAACAAAUCCACACAGGAGAGAAGCCAUAUAAAUGCUCAGAGUGUGGGAAAAGUUUUAGUACCAAUUCCAAUCUUUCAGUUCAUAAACGAAUCCACACUGGAGAGAAACCAUAUAAAUGUUCAGUGUGUGGGAAAAGUUUUACCUAUAGCUACUAUCUUUCAAGACAUAAGCGAUCGCACACAGGAGAGAAACUGUAUAAAUGCUCAGAGUGUGGGAAAAGUUUUAGUACGAAUUCCAACCUUUUAAUUCAUAAAAGAAUCCACACAGGAGAGAAACCAUAUGCAUGCUCAGAGUGUGGGAAAAAAUUUACUUACCGUUACUGUCUUUCCAGACACAAACGAUCACACACAGGAGAGAGAAAUGCUCAGAGCGAUGGUCGGAGAAGGUGCCUCUUAACAUUCCCUGCAUCAAAAGUGAAUGCAUCGUCGGACACCCUGAAGAUGGAGGCUCAGGAAGGGACCUCUGGAGAAGCAAGAUCUCAGGGUAAACAGUUAUGCACAGAAACCAUUCUGAAUGUGGAAGUCAAGGAAGAGACAGUUCGAGAACCUGGUGGGCUGAAUGAACAUUUAUACACAGCAAACACCCUGACAAUGCAAGUCAAGCAAGGGUCUGAUGGAGACAUUGGAUGGUUGGGGAAAGAUUCAUGUGCAGCACACACUCAGAAUUUGCAAGCCAAGCAAGAUAGUGACGGAGAAGCAAGCUGGCUGGGUAAAGUUUCAUGCACAGCAGACACCCUGAAUUUGAAAGCGAAGCAAGAUAGCGAUGGAGAAGCAAGCUGGCUAGGUAUAGAUUCAUGCACAGCAGACAUGGUGAAUUUGCAAGUCGGGCAAGACGAGAGCAAUGGAGAAGCUGGCUGGCUGGGUAUAGAUUUGUGCACAAGAGACACCCCGAAUGUGGAAGUCAGGCAAGAGACCAAUAGAGAAACUGGCUGGUUGGGUGAAGAUUCUUGUCGAUCAGAAAACUUAAGUGUGGAAGUCAAGCAAGAGACUGAUGGAGAAAUUGACUGGCUGGGUAAAUAUUCAUAUACAGAAGAUACCCAGAAUGUGGAAAUCAGGCAGGAGAGUGAUGGAGAAGCCAUCUGGCUAGGUCAGCAUUCAUGUGCAGAAGACACACUGAAUGUGUGUGUCUGGGAAGAGACUGAUGGAAAAACCAACUGGAUGGGUAAAGAUUUCUGCACCACAGACGCCCUGAGUGUGGAAAUCGAGCAAGUGACUGAUGAAGAAACUGGCUGGCUGAGUAAAGAUAUGUGCACAAAAGAAACCCUGAAUGUGGAAAUCAGGCAGGAGACCAGUGCAGAAACUGGCUGGUUGGGUAAAGAUUCUUGUAGAGCAGAUAACUUGAGUGGGGAGAUCAAGCAAGGGACUGAUGAAGGAGCUAGUUGGCUGGGAGAUGUUGGACAAGCAAGUGAGGGUGAGAAGGAGAUUGUUCUGUGGGGUCAAUCUGAACAAAGGGAUCUCACUGGACCCUCCAUCGGUGGAAAAUGGAUUAAUUUCCUGGAACCUGAGACACAAAAAGCAAGUCACCAGGAAAGUAGUGCACAACUCAGUCCAGUGAGAAGAGAAGCUGACCAAGGUUUAAGUGAAGCAGCCUCCUCUUUGAGAGAAACACAGGACCGAGAAUAUGGCGAGGACGUGAGGCAGAGUUCUGACUUGCUUAAGGGCGUGCCUGACCAGAGAAAGAAGAAAAUUUACACAUGCUCAGACUGUGGAAGAAAAUUUAGUUCCUCUCUUUCAAGGCACGAACAAUUGCACACAGGAGACAGGCCAUAUAAAUGGUCACAAUGUGGGAAAUGUUCUGUUACUAGUUCCAAGCUUUCAACACAUAUGCGAUCCGACACAGGAAAGAAACCAUAUAAAUGCUCGGAUUGUGGGAAAUAUUUUAGUGCCAGUUACAGCCUUUCAGUGCAUAAGCGAUCCCACACAGGAGAGAAGCCGUAUAAAUGCUCAGAUUGUGGGAAAUGUUUUAGUGCCAGUCACAAUCUUUCAGUGCAUAAGCGAUCCCACACAGGCAAGAAGCCAUAUAAAUGUGCAGAAUGUGGGAAAUGUUUUAUUAGUAGUUCCAUCCUUUCAAAACAUCGACGAACCCAUACAGGAGAGAAGCCAUAUCAAUGCUCAGAUUGUGGGAAAUGUUUUAGUACCAGUUCCAACCUUUCAAUUCAUAAGCGAUCCCACACAGGAGAGAAGCCACAUACAUGCUCAGAUUGUGGGAAAUGUUUUAGUACCAGUUCUAGCCUUUCAAGACAUCAACACACCCACACAGGAGUAAAGCCACAUGAAUGUUCCGAUUGUGGGAAAUGUUUCAUCACCAGGUCCGGUCUUUCAAGACAUCAAGGAAUCCACACAGGAGAGAAGCCAUAUCAAUGCUCAGAUUGUGGGAAAUGUUUUAGUGCCAGUUACAACCUUUCAGUGCAUAAACGAUUCCACACAGGACAGAAGCCAUAUAAAUGCUCAGAUUGUGGGAAAUGUUUUAGUACCAGUUCCAGCCUUUCAGUGCAUAAACGAUCCCACACAGGAGAGAAGCCGUAUAAAUGCUCAGAUUGUGGGAAAUGUUUUAUUUCCAGUUCCUUUCUUUCAAUGCAUAAACGAUCCCACACAGGAGAGAAGCCGUAUAAAUGCUCAGAUUGUGGGAAACGUUUUAGUAUCCGUUCCAACCUUUCAAUACAUAAGCGAACCCAUACAGGAGAGAAGCCAUAUAUAUGCUCAGAUUGUGGGAAAUGUUUUAGUACCAGUUCCAGCCUUUCAAUACAUAAACGAUCCCACACAGGAGAGAAGCCAUAUAAAUGCUCAAAUUGUGGGAAAUGUUUUAGUUCCAGUUCUGGCCUUUCAAAACAUCAGCAAACCCACACAGGAGAGAAGCCACAUGAAUGCUCAGAUUGUGGGAAAUGUUUCAGUGCCAGGUCCAGCCUUUUAAGACAUCAAGGAAUCCACACAGGAGAGAAGCCAUAUAUAUGCUCAGAGUGCAGGAGAAGCUUUAGCCAGAGUUCACACCUUAAGUCUCAUAUGAAAAUCCAUACCAAAGAGUAA